AUGGCGCGCGAGCAAAGUCCGUCAAAUAUGGAGAGGCCUGCGAAACGUGCACGGACCGAGGAGCCUGUGGAUACGGCGCUAGCCAGGAUCAGUCCUGAGAACGGCUCCGCCGCUCCGGACGAACAAGAUCAGGAAUUCGAAGAGGAGGGCGUUGAGGAAGAGGCAUCAAAUGAUGUAGCAAAAGGCUCGGACUUGUAUCUAGACACGAUCCAUCGCGCCGCUCUUGACUUCGACUUCGAGAAGGUCUGCUCUGUGUCUACAUCGAACGUCAACAUAUACGGCUGUCUUGUAUGUGGAAAAUAUUUCCAAGGGCGUGGCCGUAAAUCUUAUGCGUACGCCCACUCCAUACACGAAGACCACCAUGUCUUCAUUAACCUGGAGACCACCAAGGUAUACGUUCUACCUGAUGGCUACGUCGUCUCGGAUCCAUCGUUGGAGGACAUUGCCUACGUACUUGCACCGACUUUUACGCCGGCGAUGGUGGCAGCAUUGUCAAGCACAAGUCACAUCUCAAAACCUUCGUAUGACCUAUCCGGGAAGCCGUACCUCCCAGGAUACAUUGGUCUCAACAACAUCAAACGGAACGACUACAUGAAUGUCGUUGUCCAAUGCCUCCUGCAUGUGCCACCACUUCGCGAUUACCUCUUGCUUCAUCCCUUCACCGGCAAACAUUCUGAACUGUUGCGACGGUUUUCGGCGCUGACCAAGAAGCUGUGGAAUCCGCGCCUCUUCAAAAGUCAGGUCAGCCCUCAUGAGUUCCUGCAGGAGGUUGGGCGAGCUAGCGCCGGCAAAUUCAGGCUAGAAAGCCAGAGCGACCCCGUCGAAUUUCUAAGCUGGCUGUUGAACCAGUUGCACAAAGAUAUGGGAGGGACGAGAAAGCGCAACUCCAGCAUCAUGUUCUCGACGUUCCAGGGCGAGGUGAGAAUGGAGACGCAGCAGGUUAUCGUUCAGUCACACGUACUCGGGCACACGAAGCCGCGCUUUGACAUCGACAGAGACAUCAAGACGGCUACUUCACCAUUUCUACUCCUUGCAGCGGAUCUCCCUCCUCCUCCCCUGUUCCAGGAUGCCGUGGAAAAGAACAUCAUUCCGCAGGUCGGCAUUCAUGCCGUGCUCAGCAAGUUCGACGGGACAACCACGCAGGAGUCACGCGGACAACUUCGACGAUACAAGUGUCAGCGCUUACCACCCUACAUCAUCGUUCACUACAAACGUUUCACCAAAAACAACUUUGUCGAAGAGAAGAAUCCGACUAUCGUGAACUAUCCGUUGCGAGGCGUGGAUUUCAGUCCUUAUGUCGAUGCGCCUACGUCAGAUCCGCCUCUUGUGUACGAUCUCGUCGCGAAUGUCGUUCUUGACUCCGUAGCAGGCACAGCUCGUGACAAAGAACACACCGUCUGGAAGGUUCACUUGCGGGCGGGCCGUGGAGGUGGCGAUAAUGAAAAAUGGUUCCAGAUACAGGAUCUCAUUGUCGAAGAAAUUCAGAAAGAAAUGAUUUUCCUUGGCGAGGCUGUCCUUCAGAUCUGGGAACGCCGACAGGUAGGGACUUCGUAG